AUGGCGGGGUUUUUUUCCUUUCCUCAGUAUCUGAACCAAUUAAUAUCCACCAAGGGGUCAACUCCAAAAGAACAAACAACCAAAGAAGUAAAAUGGACGUUACAGGAUAUAAAACAGGAGACUCGAAGCCAAGACCGGAAUAUUAAAUGGAGCUCCGAAGUGAUAUCAGCACCAGAGUAUGAAAAUUCCGAACAAAUAAUGAAGAAAGCUAAGGACUUCUGUAUUGCUCUAGAAAUAUGGGCUUCUGAGUUAGAAGUCCAGGGAGGAACACGACCAAUUUUGGUUAAGCAGGGCAAAUGUAGUCCCAACGCUACUAAUCGAGGAUACGGGAAUCCCAAACCCGGAGCCAGAUGCAGUACAGACAGGAGCAAUUUGAGGUGGAUAGUUUGGGGCGACAACCAGGAGAAUUCUUGGGCGCAGGCUGAUGCGAAGAGUUUAAGAGCAUGUGUGGAUAUAGUCCAGAUAAUAAUAUCUUCCUUCGGAGUAAGUCAAGGCUUGAAAGGAAGUCCAAUAUUGAAGAACCAACAGGGCGCCUGUGGGAGAGUGUCUAGUAGAUUGGAGGAUUGGGGCGGCCCUAGUCUCAGGGAUAAAAUAAUGAGUGAUUGGUUUACUAGUGGAAGCCAAGGGGCUUGGUCUUCACAGGGAUAUACUAUGAGUGGGACUGAUUUCUUCGAUGUUCUACAGCAACUAGUAGUGGGAGAUGACAAAGCAGAAAAGAACGUGGGAUGUAGGAAAAUUCCCCAAGAAAGCGUCACUACAGGUCACUGUCAUGCAGGGUGGUGUGAUGAAGAAUUGAACUCAGGCGUUCUCAUUUCAACAGGUGGGAUGCAGUCAAGACCGUCUCCAGAGCCGGAGGGUACGACGUUAGAUUCAGGCGUCGGAGGGGUUCCAGAAGCACAAGGUGGGAGUUCCUCUGGAAUAGUCUCAGGAUUAGAUCCGUUACACACAGGUUCUUCAGGAUCACUCGGACCAGUGGAUGGGGAGCAAGUUAAUGAGCAGUCUAUAAAUUCCAGCCAGGACCAAGAAGGGAAAGUUAGCUUCGGAGGAAAUGUGGGUGAUUUUGGAGGUUUUAUAGGGGGGGGAAUAGCCGCCGUACUUCUGGCAGCUAUGGCUGCCUAUGGGCUUCACCGUAUAUCAGGGAAGAGAAGGGGGCUGAGGAGACGGAAUUUAAGAGGGGGCACAAUUUCCUCUGCGGAUUUAGGGUCGUGGGAUGGUUAUUCCUUCCGUAGGGCAAAGUGGAGGAUAGGUUCAGGGAGCAGAGAGGUGUAG